AUGCUCCUUGAGUCCUCACAUCCCACGUGCAAAGUGGUGAAUCGGGUGACAGUUACCACCCUUCAAUUCACCUUCCUCUGCGAUGGCAUUUGCUGGGACGAAUGCGGUGGUACAGCCAUGUGUGGUCCUUCAUUCGGUGAUAGCAAGCCAAAAGGACGUGCAUCGCAUUACACGGAGACAGCGAAUAAACCCCUCAUUGCAGCUCGCAAUACGGACUCAUCGCCUGCUACAAUCAGUAGAUCCUCUUGGCCACGACUAGCAAUAAAUGCGAUAGCGUCGUAG